GAUCUAGGGAAACACGCGCUGCAUAAACAACGGAGUUUCCAGUUCAUUGCGCCCAGCAGCCCCGAGCGCACCUCCUCGACUUCGCCGGAGUCCAGCGGCCAAAGAGGCCAAGGAGUGCGGCAGGGCGGUUCUCCGGGCGGGUUGAAGCUGUGCCAGGGAAGCAGGCAGGAGGCAGCGCGGGCGAGCGCGCGAGUAACUGUUUCUGCCGUACCGGGAGGCACCCAGCGUGCCUCCGCCGCGCCCCUGCUUGGACAGCAUGGGUUUCUCUGGAAGCCCCGGCGUUGGGCCGGCGGGCAACUCCAGCCCGUGGUGGCCUUUGGCCGCCGGCAGUGCCAACGAGAGCGGGGACUCCGAGGCUCUUGGGGAAGGUGACUUGCCGCCAGGGGACUUUCGCAACGAGGAGCUGGCCAAGCUGGAGAUCACCGUGCUGGCAGUGACUUUCGUGGUGGCUGUGCUGGGGAACAGCUGCGUGUUACUGGCUCUGCACCGCACGCCGCGCAAGGCGUCCCGCAUGCACCUCUUCAUCCGCCACCUGAGCCUGGCAGACCUGGUGGUCGCUUUCUUCCAGGUGCUGCCGCAGCUGUGCUGGAAAAUCACCUACCGCUUCCAAGGCCCCGACGGGCUGUGUCGUGUGGUGAAGCACCUGCAGGUGUUCGGCAUGUACGCGUCUGCUUACAUGCUGGUGGCCAUGACCGCCGACCGCUACAUCGCCGUGUGCCACCCGCUCAAGACGCUGCAGCAGCCGGCGCUCCGCGCGCGCCUCAUGAUCGCCGCCGCCUGGGUGCUGAGCUUCGUGCUGAGCACCCCGCAGUACUACGUCUUCUCCAUGGUGGAGGUGAACAAUGUCACCAAGACCUACGACUGCUGGGCCACCUUCAUCCAGCCCUGGGGGCCUCGCGCCUAUGUGACCUGGAUGGCGGGCGGCAUCUUCGCGGUGCCUGUGAUCAUCCUGUGCACCUGCUACGGCUUCAUCUGCUACCACAUCUGGCUCAACGUUCGAGGGAAAACCACGCCGUCGCUCAGGAGCCAGGGUGGUAAGAGCGCCCAGAGCGCGGGAAACGCCCUGCACAAGGGGCUGCUUCUCGCGCCCUGUGUCAGUAGUGUAAAGACCAUUUCUCGCGCCAAGAUUCGCACAGUGAGGAUGACUUUCGUGAUCGUUACGGCUUACAUCAUUUGCUGGACACCCUUCUUCAUCACUCAGUUGUGGUCCGUCUGGGAUGAGACGUUCCUGUGGGUCGAGUCAGAAAACCCAGCUGUCAUCAUCACUGCGUUAUUGGCUGCCUUAAAUAGCUGCUGCAAUCCCUGGAUAUAUAUGUUCUUUAGUGGUCAUCUCCUGCAAGACUGUGUCCAAAGCUUCCCGUGUUGCCUAAAUGUGAAGCGAAAGUUCCACAAAGAAGAUUCUGACAGUAUGAGUAGAAGACAGACUUCUUACACUAACAACCGAAGUCCAACAAACAGUGUGGGCACAUGGAAGGAUUCACCUAAAUUGUCGAAGUCUAUCAAAUUUAUUCCUGUCUCAACCUGAGCCCGAAUGCAUAAAAUCUCUCUUGUCAUGAACUUUUGGCCUGUUGAUUAAAUUCAGCUAGGCCAAAAACAAAGGAACUUUAUGAGAUAAGCCUAAACCAAUUCGUUGAAUGUUAGACUGUGUUUCUAGUUGCAUUUCUUUGCAUUACUAUAACCAGACACUAUGAAGUUUUGUACAGAAUGUUAAUAAAACACACUAUAAUAAAACAUGCAGGCAUAAUUCCCAUAACUUUAAUAGAUGUACAUUUCUGAUGGAAAAAUCAUAACCACCAUGGCAUUAUAUUUUGUUGUUGCUUUCUUUUUAUUUCUGACAUAAUUGAGGUUUGAUUGGUUUAGAUAUCACACAAUGCAGAAAAACUAUUUCUUCAUAAAGUGAGCCUCUCGUCAACUUUAGUGUUUGAAAAUGUUCUACGUACUUUAUAUGUUUCUGCCCUUUAAAAUUCAGUUGUGCAUCAGGAAGUGGCUUGAAGAUGGAUUGGUGCUUUGAGAGACAUGAGUGAUGAGUGUUUAAGGCAGUUGGAGAGGGAAGGAAGAAUCCUUUUAGAAGUUACAGCUCAUGUACAUUUCAAAAUGGUAACUUUAGAACUGGCAGUUUCAUUUACCUAUGAAAAGAAUGAUUUGUUCAGAUGCUUAAGGUUAGAGAAAAUAUUAUCAGUCAGUAGUCUAUUUUUUUCUCAUACUGGAAGUUCAUUGUACAACCAUAUUUGGAUGUAGAGUACCCAAUUUUACUUUAAAAAAAAAAAAGUCGAAAAGAGUUGUCCACUAUACUAUGUUGACUUUCUCUAGAAUAUUGUAAAUAUGCAUUUAAAGAAAGAAUUGGUGUUAGUCAUAUCCUAUGACUUGAUAGAUAUUAACACAAUCAUUACUUCCUGUUCCUAUGACCAUAGUCAUAGAGGAUUAAAGAAAGCCUCUGUAUAUGC